AUGUUUGAAUUAUUCCAUUCAGAACACAGUGACGCUGAUACCCACAAAUCCGCCACCGAUACCCAUAAAUCUGUCGAUACUGGUGAUUCCGGUCAGCCCAAGAACACCAUGUUUCGAGGUUCCAAAUCGGAGUUUCAUCCCGCACUUGCGGCCUCCAAUAUUAGGAACCACAUUCCUAUUAUUCUUGAGAUGGAAAAAGAUCAAUAUGGUACCUGGGCCGAGCUUUUCCGCAUCCAUGCUCGCUCACAUCGAGUCCUGCAUCACAUCAUUCCAUCUAUAGGAAAAGAGCCACCAACCAUUACCGACGUCAACCAUGAACAAUGGUCUACUCUUGAUGCCACCAUUCUUCAAUGGAUUUAUUCCACUAUUUCUACUGAUUUGCUGACCACUAUUCUAGAACCCAACUCCACUGCAAUGGAAGCAUGGAAUCGCUUGGAAGAUAUUUUUCAGGACAACCAAAAUACUCGAGUUGUCACUCUUGAGCAAGAGUUUUCUAACACUGAUAUGGAGGAUUUUCCUAAUGUCUCAGCUUACUGUCAGCGUCUUAAGAUGCUUUUUGAUCAGUUGAGAAAUGUCGUCUCCCCUGUCAACAAUCAUCGUCUGGUCCUUCAGCUGAUCUCUGGUCUCCCAGAAGCUUACAGUAGCAUUGCUACUUUGAUUCUCCAGAGCAACCCUCUUCCGGCAUUCUAUCAGGCUUGUUCCAUGCUCACUUUGGAAGAAGCCAGUAUGGUUAAGAUAGCAAACACAAGCUCUCAUGCUGCUAUGCAUACCACUCAGCUGAAACCUACUGAAGACACAUCUCAACGUGGCAACCUCCGCCCCGACAACCAUUCUCGCUCUUGUGGCAACUAG